UGCAGUCCAGGCACAAGUACAGCUGCAAUGCCAAUCUCCACAGGUCUGGGAAAGUUCUGUGCCUGGAGUGGGCAACAAGGUUGGAAACCACUGUGCUACGUCACAGUCAUCCAGGCUUCAUUAUCCAAUCAGAGCUGGGACUCGGACUGCCAGUCAGGACGGAGGCGGACACUUCCGUCCUAAGAUGCUGCAGGUUUGGCUGUGAGUCUGAGGGAGGCUCUCGUGGUUCCGCGCGCAGCUCUUUCAACGGCUGCUGGGAGCUGUGAGGAGAGCGGGCGAGCUCGGAAUCCGCGCAAUGGCUACAGUGACCUAUGAGGAUGUGCAUGUGAACUUCACUCAUGAAGAGUGGGCUUUGCUGGAUCCUUCCCAGAAGAGUCUCUACAAAGAUGUGAUGCUGGAAACGUGCAGGAACCUCACUGCUAUAGGGUAUGGAUUGGAAGACCACAAUAUUGAAGAACACUAUCAAAAUUCUGGAAGACAUUGGAGGUAUAACAUCCGUCAUUGUGGAUACAAGCCCUGUGAGAAUAAGGGCCAUGGAAAGAAGCAAUGUACCUUUGCAUGUAACAAUUUUCUUCAAACAUAUGAAAGAGUCUAUACAGAAGAGAAACCCUAUAAGUAUAAUCAAUACAGUAAAGCCUUUUUAAAUUUUCAUAGUCUUCCACAACAUGCAAAAAAUCAUCCUAGAGAAAAACCAUAUGAAUGUGGUAAAGCUUUUGUAAGUCCCAGUUGUCUUCAAAUACAUCAGAGAACACAUAUGGGCCAGAAAACCUACAAUUGCAGAGAAUGUAGUUCUACUCAAAUACACAAAAGAAUUCAUACUGGAGAGAAACAUUAUGAAUGUUCCAAGAGUGGUAAAGCCUUUGAAAAUGCUGAUUAUCUUCAAAAUCAUGAUAAAUAUCAUACUCUUGAGAAACUCUUUGAGUGUAGUCAAUGUGGAAAAGCCUUUGCUAGUCGAAGUUAUCUUCCAAUACACCAACGAGUUCAUACUGGAGAGAAACCAUAUGAAUGUACUCAAUGUGGUAAAGCCUUUACAAGUCGCAGUUAUCUCAAAAUACAUAAAAGCAUUCAUACUGGAGAGAAACCGUAUGAAUGUAAUCAAUGUAGCAAAGCCUUUGCAAAUUUCUAUAGUCUUCGACAACAUGAAAAAUAUCAUACUAGAGAAAAACCUUAUGAAUGUAGUCAUUGUAGUAAAGCCUUUCCAAGUCCCAGUUCUCUUCAAGUACAUGAACGAACUCACACUGGUGAGAAACCCUAUGAAUGCAAUGAAUGUGGUAAAGCAUUUAUAAGUCACAGUUCUCUUCAGAUACACAAAAGAGUCCAUACUGGAGAGAAACCAUAUGAAUGUACUCUAUGUGGAAAAGCCUUUGUAAAUAGAAGUUAUCUUGAAGUACACAAAAGAAUUCACAGUGGAGAAAAACCAUAUGAAUGUAAUCAGUGCAGUAAAGCCUUUGCAAAUUUCCGUAGUCUUCGACAACAUGAAAAGAAUCAUACUAGAGAAAAACCCUAUGAGUGUAGUCAAUGCAGUAAAGCCUUUGUAAGUCCUUGUCAUCUUCAAAUACACCAAAGAACUCAUACAGGAGAGAAACCCUAUGAUUGCAGUGAAUGUGGUAAAGCAUUUACACGUCUCAGUAAUCUUCAAGUACACAAAAGAACUCACACAGGACAGAAACCCUAUUGUUGCAGUGAAUGUGGUAAAGCAUUUCCAUGUCUCAGUAAUCUUCAAAUACAUGAAAGAACUCACACUGGAGAGAAACCCUAUGAAUGUAAUCAGUGUGGUAAAGCCUUUGCAAGUCGUGCUAGUCUUCAGUACCAUGAGAAACAUCAUACUGGAGAUAAACCAUACGGAUGUAAUCAGUGUGGUAAAGCCUUUGUAAGUCCCAGUCAUCUUCAAAUACACCAAAGAACUCACACUGGUGAGAAACCCUAUGAAUGUAAUCAGUGUGGUAAAGCGUUUGCACGUCGUAGUAAUCUUCAAAUACACAAAAGAACUCACACUGGUGAGAAACCCUAUGAAUGUAAUCAGUGUGGUAAAGCCUUUGCAAGUCGUGCUAGUCUUCAGUACCAUGAAAAACAUCAUACUGGAGAGAAACCAUAUGGAUGUAAUCAGUGUGGUAAAGGCUUUGCACUUCGCAGUCUUCUUCAAGUACAUGAAAGAACUCAUACUGGAGAGAAACCACAUGAAUGUACUCAGUGCGGUAAAGCCUUUGUAAGUCGUAGUUAUCUUCAAAUACACAAAAGAGCUCAUGCAGGAGAAAAACUCUAUGAAUGUACUCAAUGUGGAAAAGCCUUUGUAUAUCUCACUAGUCUUUGUAGUCACAGAAAGUUUUGUGCUGGAGAGAAAUCCUAUGGCAGUACUUGAUAUAAAGUUGGACCACUGAGUAACAAGGCAACAGACCUGCUUCUGGACCUAUGCAUUGUAAUCUUGUAGCACAUUGUUUACUCUCCUUAGAGUUAGUAGUUGCAUCCCUAUUAGGGUUGAAUAUAUGUCCAUCCCAGGCCAUUUAUGUGGCCAUUCUUCUAUGGUUGUAGCAGAGACAUCUGUUCUAGAGCCAAUUAAUCUUGUAAUGGUUUUCCUCUUCCAUUUAAAUACAUGAAUGUUUUAUGAUUCUCCUUCAAUAAAGUGCUUAAAGUUA